CCGCGGCCGUAUAUAAAACCCCCGAUUGCGGUGGACCCGAUCCCAUUUUAGACUUCGUUAGUUGAUAAGUGACAUCGUUUUUUGACGCCAUGGGAGACACCCUCAAACCGAAAGACAUGGACACGCUGGACUUUGCCAUGGAGGUUUACGGCGGUAACGAAAAGAUAAUCGACGGUACGGACCUGGGUCAGGUACUGCGGGCUUGUGACACGAACCCGAGCAUGGAAACACUGGAAAAGUUGGGCAUGCCGAAGAAAGUGGGGGAAAAGAAGUUUAAGAUCGAGGACAUCGUGCCGAUGCUCAUCCAGAUGAAGAAAGAAGUGAAAGAUCAAGGCUGCUACGAAGACUUUAUUGAGUGCCUCAAAUUGUACGACAAAAACGAGGACGGGCAUAUGAUGGCUGCGGAACUGUCGCACAUGCUGCUGGCUUUAGCCGAAAAACUGACCGACGACCAGGUGGACGAGCUCUUCGAAGACUGCCUGGACGAAGAAGACGACGAGGGACAAAUCGAAUACGACCCGUUUUUGAGGCGAAUGUGCUCGCUAGACCCGCCGAAAUCCAAAAAGAAGAAGUAAACGUCGUCGCGUCGGCCGUAUAUUUUCAGAUGCUGGCGUGUGUUGAACCAGGGUGUUGCGAGAUUUUGGAGAUAAAGUCCAUUUAUACGUUUGAAUACUAGAGUGUUUGACCAACAAUAUUUUUUUUAUUUUAAGUGGGAUACAGUUAUUCUGCCAUACCAGUUCUGAUUUUGAUACCUGGUAGCUGGUGGAACUCCAUUAAUUGAAUAGUCCGGGCUAUUCAUGUGUAAAUGGAUAUAAACCAUCUACUAAUUGUUAUUUCGUCUGAUAUCUUCAAAAAAACAUUUAAUAUGGUAAAGAAAACCCUAUUUUUCAGUUUCUUUAAAUAAUGGCUCCACAUGGUUCAACACGCGCCAGCAUCUGUCAAACUCACUCUAACCCCAGACAAGUGUUUUGAAUACAAUAAAUUUAUUUAACGGUUAUAAAA